AUGGCGAUUAAGAUGGCCGCCAGUUUUUACCUGGCGUCAGCAAAUUUAAGUAAAUACACACGACUGGAAGGGGACAAUCUGCUCGUGAGAUGUAACGCGACAGAAUCAGAUGAUAUUGAAAUAUACUGGCAGAAAAAUGGAACAGAACACCAACCCUACCGUCAAAAUGGAACUGAUUUUAUUGUGUUCAACAUAAAGCGGGCGUUUUCGGGCCAAUACAUUUGUUACGCACUAAACACGACGUUUUAUCCGUAUUACAACGAAACCGGAGCUAACGUCACUGUUGACGUCAUUACGGUGGACGUCGAGUAUCCAGCAGAAGUAGACAGAUUCAGUAUUUUCCCAACAGUGGUGCAUGAAAACGAGACUUGGCUGAUAGAGUGCAACUUCCAAGGUAACCCUCGCCCCACGUGGUCCAUUUUCAACAGGGAUACGGGUGAAGGAAUGAUGUCUGCUAUUCAUGCUACUGCCGAUGUGACCCUGGGGCCAAAUAAAGCCAGAUGUGAAAGUAUGGGGCACUGGACAUGUACUGGACACAACAGACUGUCCCAUCACAAAAAUGCAACUGGAGAGGGGAUGUUAACCGUUUAUUGUUCUCCGCGACCACAAUGGGCUCAAGUUUACAUCGAACAAGGUGAAAAGGGAAAACCUGCCAGACUGGAAAUGAACUUCACUGCCUAUCCUGUACCAAAGAUAACGUGGUCGAGGGACGACGGCAGGCCGGUUCUAGCUCAGAUAGACACAUGGAAGAACAGAACUAUCAUGUUUUGGGAUAAAUUGAAUCCGGUUAAAGUUAGUGAUUUUGGGAAUUACACACUCACUAUGACCAACGAGUACGGCACAUAUACAUCUCACUAUCAACUUAAGGCUAACGGAUACCCGGAAACGCCAACUAACGUCAGUAUUUCUGACGUCACCUACGAUAGCGUCACAAUCACAUGGACGUCCGGGUUUGACAUGGGGUCCAGACAGCAUUUUAUCGUCAUGAAGAUGUUCGAUGGCCAUGCAUUUUCCUCGCUUUCAGGAUGGAUCGAGGACAACUCUACCACUCAUGGCAUCAAUCAAACAUGGUCUUAUCAGCUUACAGGGCUUGAUAGCGAUACCUUCUACAAUAUAUCUAUGGUUGCAGAGAAUAGGGAAUUUAUGUCCGGAUUCUCAAAGCCCUUUAUUACAUUUUGGACGAAAGCGGCGCCUCCGAUGCCAGAAGAUUACACACUAUCAAGUUCCUCACUUGCUAUCGUGGUAGGAGCGUCUCUUGGGGCCCUUGCGUUCCUAGGAACAUUGGCAUACCUCGUGUACUUCUUCAAGUGGAGGAAAAUGAGAAUACAUUAUGUGAAGAAGUAAUCUAAUUCAGAUAUCAAGCUACAUUUCGGGAUAGUGCAAUAACCUUUCUUUCCGCCUCAAGAUGUUAAACUGUGUACUGUUCGUUUGAUAUCUCCACGAUAAUGUGUGAGAUUGUGUAAAUGUUGAAACAACCCCCUCCGUGUGCAGGCUAAGCGAAUACAGCACAUAUACUUUACAAAUUAGACUUUUUGGUGUAUACAGCACGAUCUUAAAGUAUAUUCGAACUCUGACAACGGAUGUCUGUCAGA